GUGGGGCUGCGAGCGCUCUCUGAACGGGCGUCGCUACCGACUAUUCAAACAAGCGGAGAUAUUUUCAGUAACUGAGUAGCGAGGUUCGACUCCAGACGUGUCCAUCCGAGAACUAGAGGACUUUCUUUGGCUUCAAUUUAAUGGUUUAUUUUUAAUAAAAGGAAAAGGGAAAAGACGCACAAAGGGGUAGGGAGACUAGAAUUAAUUUUAUAAAUGUGACUGUAGCUGGCAGAAAGAGAAAGUGGGGGGAGAGACGAUUUUUAGGAUCAUUGGUGUUAAGAGUCCGAGAAGAAAAACAGAAUUAGCGAAAGUAGUGGUGGGUGUAAAGGGGAGGAGUUUUUUUUCUUCAGAAAUAGGGCGGUGUUGUGUUGGGAGAUCUGUCUUUUGUUUGUUGUUUUUUUAUAUUCCUCUCCCCCCUCUUUCCUGUCUACCAUUGCUGUAAAGUAUAUUAGGAAAAGUGUCCCCGAGGCUUGGGCCUGGGGUCAAUGGUUGAGGGUAUGAGGCAAACAAGACAGGGGCUUACGACACCCGAAGACCAUCGUUCGACAGAGGCUUCCAGUUCUUCCUUCUGGUUCCUGCCGGGAGGUGGAUGUUGUUCCUGUUUUUGUAUUCCGAUCAGGAGACAACAGCAGCAGCAACACCAUUACCAUCACCAACAACAGCAGCAACAACAACAACAACGCCACCCUUCGCCAGCAUUGUCCCUGGCAACUACGUCUCCGAGUAACACUGCAGCUACCAGCAUGGUCCAGAUGUUUUACUACGAGAACCGUGGCAAGUGUUGCAAGAAACUGCUGAGAUACAACGGGUACCCCAGCAAGGUGUUGCUGUUUCCGGAAGAAGGAUGGGCGCGAAGUGCGUCCUCCUCGUACUGGACACUCACACCGGCCUGGUGGAGCCGUAGUAGUUGCAAAGUUGUAGAAGUCGCUGGCACCAGAAGGUACAGUACACAAGCCAAGAUGGUGGAUACGGGUACAGGGAAUCUUUAUAUAGUUGGGUCGUUCAAACGGAUGUCUCCGGACCCUGAUUUCAAGCUGUACCUGACUUCGAAUGUGUCAACGUCUGACUUCAACAUGGGCUACAGCAUGACUGGUACCCUGGAGCGAGGAAGCAAGAAGAGCAACUCCUUCCAGAUGACUCACUUCGCAGUCAUCAGACGCCGAGAUUAUGAGAAACCUUAGUCCGAUAUUAAUCUCUGCCCUGCAGACAGAAACGCUGACGACGAAACCCAAGAAGAAGAAGAAGCGUCGACCAACAUCAGCCAGAGCAGUUCUUUGUGCUUUCUGUUGGAUGGCUGAUGUUCAAAUCUUGUUCGUAAUUUCUCAAUAGAUUUCGAUGCGGUCGAAGGAUAUAUAUUCUGUGUAUA